UUAUUACCAUACAGAGAAUCAGACAGAAAUGCAGGCUACCCUCUGCCUACUGGCCUCUUUGCAUAUUCAAGCCUGUCUCAAAAUACAACACUGCCUCUUUAAGACACAAAAAAAAUCCUUACCUAACGUGCACAUGAUGCCUAAAAAUGGAACUAGGAAGGAAUCACCCCCACAUUGCUGACCAAAAUAAGCUAUAACUUGGUUAAUAACUUGCUAACUAGCAAAUCAUCAAGAAAUGUGCACACGUGGUGGCUACUGUAAACGUGGCUCUGCCGUCUGAAAGAUCGCAAGUCAGAGUAAUUAUCCUCAGAUGCACAAUACCUACCACGACUCGAUCUUGUAAAGUUCGAUUUGUUUUGUUGCAUUGAAAGGAACUGAUAUUAUGUUGAUUCGAUCACAGUUCCCACAUUCUAAGAGAAACGUUGAUAUGUUUAUGGGAAGAUAGUUUACACUAAUGCGGCAACUCUAGUGAAGGUCAUUCUGCGUCUCUGUUGGCUGGCAAUUCUUCUGUGUGUAAGAGGAGCUGCACGCACAGUUAGAGGGAACAUUGGACUCAGGCAAGUCCUACCAUUGAUAUGGUAUUAUUGUAAAAAAUUAUGUCCAUUGUCCAGCACUGAGAGGACAGUCAUGUCCAAGGUGUCAACAACAACUGUUCAGGAAGGAUGUGGUUCCUCCUCUGACACUCCAUCUGUGGAAGACUUGGUGAAGAUUCUCUUUGGUGGCAAAAGAUUUGGCAACCCAGUGGAUGAAGUUUGGACUAACCUUUUCAUUGGGGACAUGUCUGUAGCCAAUGAUCGAUACAGCAUAUGGAAACUUGGAAUCACUCAUGUCCUGAAUGCUGCCCAUGGGAGGCAGCACUGCCUAGGGAGCCACACUUUCUACGGGUCAACAGUGGACUACCAUGGAGUGCCUGCUGACGAUUCACCAUCUUUUGACAUUUCACUGUAUUUCUAUUCCUCUGCCGAUUACAUCCAAGAUGCACUAAACACAGCAGACGCCAGGAUCCUGGUCCACUGUGCUGUAGGUGUGAGUAGGUCUGCUUCUCUGGUGCUGGCCUACUUGAUGAUCCAUCACCAUUACUCCUUGCUAGAUGCCAUCACAAAGGUCAAAGAGCACAGGUGGAUCUUUCCAAAUACAGGAUUCCUAAAACAACUCAGAGCGUUGGAUACGAAACUGCACACAAAGAAACAGAAGAAGAGGUGAAUAUGAAGACAGGUCAACAUUAUACUACAAAGAUCACUGAGACACUAAAAGUCAACCCUUUUAAACUGAUGAAAUGUCAAUUUCUUAAUAAGCUCUGUCUGCACAAGGCAAUUCGAUUUCUGAUUUUGACUGUUGACUUUUCACUCGAAAUAAAAUAGUUUGUUUGUCUUUUUAAUAUAUUAUAUUUGACUGAUUUACAAUAAAUAGGCAGCACUGUGUCUCAAA